CCAUCUUUCUUUUGGGCUCGCCACUGUGGCCAACGCUCCCACGGACCUGGAUGGAACCCCCGUGGCGGCCAUCUUGGUCUCGGGCAACCCAGAUAAGGAAAGUGGCGGGGGGAGGGUAGUCACCCGGAAGUGACGCCAGCCCGCCGCCAUGCCUUUUGAGGGCGGCGACGGCGCCGGGCCGGCCAUGCUGGCUACGGGCACGUGAGUGGAGGCGGCGUUGUGAACCGCGGUGUUGGGAGGAUUUGGCCAUCCUGAGGCAGAGGGGCUCCGGGAAGGCGCCCGGCUCACGGGAGUGGUAUGGCCUGCAUAGGUCAGAGGGCAGAGCUAGCCCAGCGGCACGUGGCUGAGCGCUGGAGGGGGUCGCCCGCGAGAACCGUCGUGUCUGACUGUAGGCAGAGCCUAGACACCCUCAUUUUCCGGUGUUCGGACCCACAGGGGUCCUCACCUGGGCCGCGGACGCCGUCCACGGGCCCGAGGGGGUUGUUGGAGGGGCUCCGAGCGCCCCUCACCCGCCCAAAGGCGGGACUUCCGGCCCUGGCCCUCACCUGGGCGGGAUUUCCUGUUUUCCUGGGAAAGCGGGUCAGCCCUGGAUCCCGGGGGCCGUGGGGAGGUCCGCCCGCGCUGGGGUGCCCCACGCCCCUUGUUAGGGCCGCUUCCAGUCUGACAGGUUGGGGGGCUUGGCCAGCAGCCCUCCUCCCGGGGGCCGCCCCCUGCCCGCCUCACGCUCGUCACGUCGUGCCGCGAGGCCGGUCCCCUCCGUGGGUCCCCCGCCCCCGGCACACAGGACUCCCCGCCCGCACCCCGGGCCCGGCUCCCCCCGUUAGGUCCUGCUCCCUGGGUGCUGGGAGCCGCGCGCUGUCGGUCAGGUGGCCCUCCCUGCCCCCCACCACUGGGCACUGCGGCGGCCCACGCCGCCCGGUCCCACCUGGGGCUUCGGGCCGGUGCCUCACCGAUGGGUGCUGUGACCCCGGUGCUGGGCAGGCCCGGGCCGCCGGCCGUCGGUGAGCGCCCAGCGGUGGGGUCUGGGCACAGGGCAGGGCUCAGGCCCACUGGCUUCUGGGAUGCCGAGCUGCGAGGGGCACGCGGGGCCUGAGCCCCCAGCCCCUGACGACACCGAGACAGGACCAGGCCCCUGCCCCCUGAGCUGACCCUGCAGGCUGCUUGCCCAGGGACGCAGGUCUCUGAUGGCGCAGAUGGCGUUGGGGCGCCCGGAGGAGCUGUGGGAGGCUGUGGUGGGGGCCGCCGAGCGCUUCCGGGCCCGCACAGGCACGGAGCUGGUGCUGCUGACCGCGGCGCCGCCGCCGCCACCCCGGCCAGGCCCCUGUGCCUAUGCAGCCCACGGCCGGGGGGCGCUGGCCGAGGCCGCCCGCCGCUGCCUGCACGACAUUGCCCUGGCCCACAGGGCCGCCGCCGCCGCCCGGCCCCCAGCGCCCCCACCCGUGCCGCAGCCUCCCGGUCCCGCACCCAGCCCACCCCGGCCUGCCCUGUCCAGGGAGGACGACGAGGAGGACGAGCCCACGGACACCGAGACCUCUGGGGGGCCGCUCGGCGUCAGCGAUAAUGGAGGGCUGUUCGUGAUGGACGAGGACGCCACGCUGCAGGACCUGCCCCCCUUCUGUGAGUCGGACCCUGAGAGCACCGACGACGGCAGCCUCAGCGAGGAGACCCCCGCCGGCCCCCCAGCCCCCUCAGUGCCCCCGGCCUCAGCCCUGCCCACCCAGCAGUACGCCAAGUCCCUGCCCGUGUCCGUGCCCGUCUGGGCCUUCAAGGAGAAGAGGACGGAGGCGCGGUCGUCGGACGAGGAGAACGGGCCGCCCUCCUCGCCGGACCUGGACCGCAUCGCGGCGAGCAUGCGGGCGCUCGUGCUGCGGGAGGCCGACGACACCCAGGUGUUCGGGGACCUGCCGCGGCCGCGGCUCAACACCAGCGACUUCCAGAAGCUGAAGCGGAAAUACUGAGGCCGGGGGGGGGGGGGGGGGGGCGCUGGGUCCUGCGUCCGCCCCGCCCCACACGACGCCCCCGGCCCGCCCCCGGAGCUCGCCAAUGCCGGCGCGGCCUGGGGCCCGCCCCCCACGUGUCCGCGGCCGGGGCUGCCCGGCCCCGCCAGCCCCGCCCCUCGCCCCGCCCCGGCCGCCGGCGUCUCCCGAUUGGGUUGGUCGGUCCCGCCCAGCGACGGCUCCUGCUGCGAUUGGUUGGCCCCGGCGGGGGCGUGGCUAGCUCUCGGCCGGCAGGAAAGGGCUCUCCCCGCAGAGCGGCUCCGGCCGCCAGGGCGCGGCCCAGCCCUGGAGUCUAGACUCGGCCUGCGGCCUUCCCGCGUUCACACUACUGAGGCUGGGCUGGUUUAGCCCGCCUCGCCCACGUCCUGACAUGGCUGCUCGGCCUGUCCCUGUGCCCCUGCAACAGCCUGCCAGGCGCACCAGCCCUCGCCCCUCCCGCCCACAGGUGCCUUAAUGGGCCCUCGUCCGCCCGCGUGGGGAGAGGGGGCCUCACUCUCCGGCCCUGCUGCGGGGGGAGAGGGGGUGGGAGCCGGGAAUGGGAAGGGCGUUCUGAGAUUAAAAGUUUUA